AUGAACGAAUCAUGUGCACAUAAUCUUCAAUCCGUUCAACUGAACAUAAAUCCUGGGCAAAACUUGGGCAAUGAUUCGCAUCCCGGAGAAACUUCUAAUGCUUAUGUAAAAACAUGCAUUCAAAAUAUAGAAAAUGAAAAUUUGUUAAAUAAUAUUAAUAAACCAACUACGGCGAUGAAUUCUGAAACCUCCACACCAUCCACUACUGUUACACAUAUAACUGAUGUUAAUAGUUGGUCAUCCGAUCCAGCUUUAUGGCCGAACAAAAAAAAUCAAGACAAGUUUAGUUCUGGAUAUAGUGACUGGCCUCACGGACAAAGAGAUAUUAAUAAACACGAACGAAGUGUUAUUCAUUUAGAAUCAAUUAGAAUAUGGAUAUCACGUACCUGUACAUCAAAGACGUUGAUAAUAGAUUCACAGCAUAAAUUAUUAAUGGAGCAACAGAUAUUUUACUGGCGAGAAGUUUUACGUAGAGUAUUUGAAACGUUAAGAUAUCUUUGUGGAAGAGGUCUCGCAUUAAGAGGUGAUAGUGAAAAUUUCGGCGAUGAGCAAAAUGGAAAUUUUUUAGUUACUCUUGAGUACUUAUCAAAAUUUGACCCAUUUAUAGCUAAACAUUUAAAUGAAAAUUCAAAUGAAGGUAGAGGUAAAAAAUCUUAUUUAUCUUCAACGAUUUAUGAAGAAUGUGUUUUAAUAAUGGGAAAUAAGCUUUUGAAGAUGAUAACAAAAGAAGUAAAAUGUGCUAAAUAUUUUUCUAUAGUUGUUGACUCAUCUCGUGACACUUCUCAUAUUGAUCAACUAGCUAUUAUUUUACGAUACGUCAAGAUAUAUGAUUCCGUAGAAGUUCAUGAACGUUUCUUAUGUGUUGAACCUGCUGUUGGUCAUUUUGGAAAAAAUAUUGCUCAAGCUAUUUUGAAAAAACUUGAAGAACUUGAUUUGAAUAUAUUGGAUGCAAGGGGUCAAUCGUAUGACAAUGCUUCAAAUAUGUCUGGGAAGUUUGAAGGAGUACAGGCGCAUUUGAAGAAGUCUAAUAAGUAUAUGGAUUUUAUUCCAUGUACUACACAUUUGUUAAAUUUAGUUGGAAACAAUGCAGUUGACAAUUGCUCAGCUGCAUCCGUAUUUUUUGAGUUUGUUCAACAUUUAUAUACAUUUUGUUCAGCCUCUACAUGUUGA